ACUCGACGGCGGCGUCUCGGCGAUGAUGGCAGGCGGGUUUCUGACGAAGCACGGGUUCCCGUGCGGCUACCGCUUCGUGCCCACGAAUCUGGAGCUCUUCUCCCUCCUCUCCGACAAGAUCGACGGCGCCAAGCUCCGUCCGCCGCACAACAGCAUCUUCCACGACGUCCCCAUCCUCGACUACCACCCCGAGGAGCUCUGCGAGAAGUUCAGGAAGGACGCGGAGCACCGCUGCAUCUACUUCUUCAGUCGGCGGGUGUUCAAGAAGCAGGGGACCGGCGGCGGUGCGAUCAUCCCCGAGGGCAAGAAGGAGCCGCGGCCGGUGCGCGCGGCCAGGGGCGGCACCUGGAAGGCCUCGGGCGGCGGCAAGCUUCUGUGCUGGCCGCGGAACAAGGGCGGCUUCGUCGCCGGGAGGGUGGUGACCAUGGUGUUCUAUGAUCACGGCGUCGACAAGAGCAACUGGGGCAUGCAUGAGUUCACCGUCCCCGUAGACAAGAGGCUGAGGCUGAGCUCCCUGCCUACCAAUUUCUCCAAGUAUAUACGUUUCGAAGACCUGGCCCUGUACCGCAUCUACAUCCUCAGGAGCGGCGACAUGGAAAUCGAGAACGCCGCCGGGAGCAGCAGCCUGCAGAUGCUGGCAAACGCCAAUGACCACUUCUCGGCGUUGUCGACGGCGGUGGCGCCGUGCCUACAAAUUCAGCCGUCGUGGGGUGUCUUCGCCGCUGGCGCCUCGAUGACCUCACAGACGCCGCCGCAGCAGCAUCCCGGCGUUGACCAUGCCCAUUACUACCACCAUCAGCCCGCGUUCGGUGCCGCGUCGGCCGGUGCCGCCGCCCAGCAGCAGGCGCACAACGUGUCAGUGCACGGCGCCGGGUUGCCUGGUUACUCGUGCCAGUUCGCGAGCCCGCCGGCGCCGGCGCCCAUGCCACCAGCCGCCGCAAACCCGGCGGCACACCAGGCUCCCGCGACGGCGGCCCAGGCGCACGGCACCAGGCAGGAAGCCGGUCACUUCGGGGCCACGCACUCGCCGUGUCCCCCGCCGGCGGAGCAGCACGCCACCGCCACGACGGAGCCGGCGCAUGCCCAGUUUGCAGACCGCUUUAAGCCGGUGGAGGAGGCGGCGCCGCCCCAGCUGGAGGAUAUCGUGCUGACCGCCGAAGACUACCGCAUGGGCAUGGCCGACGCGGACGAGUACCUCGGGGCCGGCAUACCGGACUGGGAUCUCCGCUUCGCGCCGUUCGAUCGACGAGCACAGCUUGCACUUCACGAUGGAGGAGAUCCUGGGGUUGGGGGACCCGGCGUUCGACGAACCGCCGGCGAUGGAAGGCGAUAGCAAUUCAGGUUGCGGAGAGGAUUACAGCCAGGCAGGUGGCACGCAGCAGGAGGCACCCGCCGCACUUGGUUGCUGCUAGCUGUUGAGAGGUGCGUCUUGGCUUCAGUCUAGCAAUCAAGAUUAGUGCCCCUUAUUACUUGCUCGGUUUCAAUCAAUAUAGGUCAAGUAAAAUUUACUUAGGCCCGUCCGCCAUCCUUGUAUACAAGGGAUUUAUGUUUUGAAUUUUCAAAUUUUCACAAAUUUUUGCAAA